UCGUCACCACCACCACCACCACCACCACCAUCACCACCACCACCACCACCAUCACCACCACCACCACUGUCACCACCAUCACCACCACCACCACCACCACCUCCACCAUCGUCACCACCACCACCACCACCACCACCACCGUCACCACCACCACCAUCACCACCACCACCACCACCACCACCAUCACCCCCACCACCAUCACCACCACCACCAUCACCACCACCACCACCACCACCGUCACCAUCACCACCGUCACCACCAUCACCACCACCACCACCACCACCGUCAUCACCACCACCAUCACCACCAUCACCACCGUCACCACCACCGUCACCACCACCACCUCCACCACCAUCACCACCACCACCACCACCACCGUCACCAUCACCACCACCACCACCACCACCGUCACCACCACCACCAUCACCACCAUCACCACCACCCACCACCACCACCACCACCGCUCACCACCAUUACCACCCACCGUCACCACCACCACCGUCACCACCACCACCGUCACCACCAUCACCACCACCACCACCGUCACCAUCACCACCAUCACCACCACCACCACCACCGUCACCACCAUCACCACCACCACCACCUCCACCACCAUCACCACCACCACCACCACCGUCACCACCAUCACCACCACCACCACCGUCACCACCGUCACCACCGUCACCACCACCACCGUCACCACCAUCACCACCACCACCACCGUCACCACCAUCACCACCACCACCACCACCGUCACCACCAUCACCACCACCACCGUCACCAUCACCACCACCACCGUCACCGUCACCACCAUCACCACCACCACCACCACCACCACCACCGUCACCACCACCACCACCUCCACCACCAUCACCACCACCACCACCACCACCACCGUCACCACCGUCACCACCACCACCACCACCACCG